AUGCACCAGAGCCUGAACGUCAGCGAGACGGUCACGGGUCUCGGGGCACGCCUCAUUGCCCACAGCUCGUCGUUCCUCGACCUGCACGAGGACGGUGCUCUGAACAGAAAGAACCUCCUGGGCCGCUUCCUGGGUAUCUUCCGCCACAGCGAAGAUCUUGACGACGAGGAAGUCAAGAAGUUCGUGGACUUCGUGUACAACCACAUGGUGAAAGCCACUCGUCAGCCAACUAACGCGGAGCUGCAAGGGGUUCCUCUGCACGCUUACUGCAGCGCGUGCACCAGCAACGAGCCUUUGAAUUUGUCCUUGCUUGAACAGCUCUUUGACUCGGACCGCAUGCUCAAACCGCUGGAGUACGUCUUCAACGAAUCGGUCUUGACGCAAAUCCGAAGAGAGGGCAAAACAUUGAAGGCCUCUGGCUCAAUUCCUGAGGAAGUCAAGCCCCUGACUGGCGACAGCGGUGGACGUGAGAGUUCCCAGUACGAGAAGAUUCAGCAGAGGAACGCUGCCACCGGCAGCCGUGUGGAGAAAAUCACUAAAGCAGUGACGGACUACCUUGAGGGCUGGCUUGAAGAGUUGAGCACGGUCGACAGGGACGAGCUGUUCGCAAACAAGCGCCGCGAGUUGGCCAAGAAGGGCGCCAAGGAGAUGCGCCAGGCGAAGGUCUGCGACAACGGCUGCGUCUACCAGGGCGAGUGGGUAGAGAACAUGAGGCACGGCGCGGGCACCGAGCACGGGAACGGGUACAUCUACGAGGGACAGUGGGAAGCCAACGUCUAUCACGGCCACGGGGUCCUUGAGAUGCCGAACGGUAUCGUGUACGAUGGGCAGUUCUUCAACGGGAAGCGCCAUGGAGUGGGCUUCGAGACGGAGCCCAGUGGGAUAAGAUUCGAGGGCGACUACGCCCGCGGCGUCAAGAGCGGCCAGGGCAAGUUCUUCAUGGCGGACGGCUCGACAUACACUGGACAAGUGUGCGAAAACAAGAUGCAUGGGACAGGCAUCUACCAGUGGAAUGCUGGCCAUUCGUACGAGGGCCAGUGGGAGAAGGACGAGAUGCAUGGCCAGGGCGUUUACGUAUUCGCAAAUGGCAAGAAGUACGACGGGCAAUACGCUCACAAUCUCCAGGACGGCUUCGGAUUGUUCACCUGGCCAGAUGGCCGCAGGUACGAGGGACAGUUCGAGAAGGACCAGCAGCACGGAAAGGGCACCCUCUGGGCCGCCGACGGCUCCUCGAUGACGGGCGCGUGGGUCAGGGGGAAGCAGGGCCACUGCACCGUCAGCAACCUGAACAGGAAGACGCGGACCUCGGUGCGCAGGGAGUGA